UCACAUCUUCACAAAAGCUUUAUUCUUCUAAACAACAGAGAUGGAGAUAACUUGGGAGAAGCCACGAGUUUCAUCUUCUAGACAUCAUCACUACCGUCAACCUUCCUUCUCCUCCACUCUCCUCGACCAAAUCUACCGCUCCAUCGACGACUCCCCUCCCCUAGAAUCCACUAGAAAGAAGAAGCACCAUAACAACACAUCUCUCCACCACGAGGAACGUGAUACUUCAGACAACAAACUCGUCUUUCACCGCCGCUCCAUCGCCGCCGACUUCGAGAGAUCCCGGAGAACAACCACCGCCACAACCUCCUCCGUUUUCCUCAGAUAUUCCAACUCAAGCUCCUCAGACUCAAGCGGGUUCUCCUCCUCCGAGUCAGACUCCUUCUACCUACGCUCCAAACCUUCUGCCUCUCCUCCUCCACCACACACUACUCGUCAACCAAAGCCGAUCCGAACCUCCCUCGUCGCCGAGAAACCUAGCAGCAAACAAGAGCUCGGCGGCUUCUUGAGAACCAAGUCAAAGGCCUUAAAGAUCUACACCGACUUGAAAAAAGUGAAGCAGCCUCUCUCUCCCGGAGGACGCCUCGCCACUUUCCUCAACUCUCUCUUCACCAACGCGGCCAGCAACCACAAGAAGCUAAAAAAAAUCAACACCACCGUCUCUUCCUCAGCGGAGCAGCCGCCACCACAGUCUUCCUCCAGCACCACGUGCUCCUCCACGUCCUCUUUCUCCAGGUCUUGCCUAAGCAAAACUCCAUCCUCCAGCGGGAAAUCCAAAAGAUCCGUGAGGUUCUGUCCAGUGAACGUUAUCCUCGACGAAGACUCCUCCAUCCACAUCCCUUACGGUUAUGGUAAUAAUCUGCAUGGAAACAACGUCGUCGACCGUCACGUCAUGGAGGAGGAGAACCGACGCGUUAUCGAAGCGGCCAAGGAUCUUAUUAGGACGUACCAGAAGAACAAGGCCGUGACAACGUGCGACAACAACGUUCAAGAAGAAGACGAUGAUGAUGCUGCGAGUUACGCAAGCUCUGAUCUGUUUGAGUUGGAGAAUCUUUCGGCUAUUGGGAUCGAGAGGUAUCGAGAAGAGUUGCCUGUCUACGAGACCACUCGUUUGGAUAAUACGAAUCGAGCUAUUGCUACAAGUUUAAUUGUAUAAUAAUAGUGUAUGUAGUGAAAAUGGUUGGGGUGAUUAUAUCAGAUUUUUUUUUAUAAAAUUGUAAUACGGUUUUUUCCUUUUGAGGCUAUGUUUUACCGUGUUCUACAACUUUUUUUUUU